CCUCAACCCUAAGCCUGAAAAGAAUAAUCACAAUACUGAUCGAUACUAAUCUGAUAGGCGGCUAGCUACUGAUCAUUCUCUCAUAUUAAGAGAGAAGAUCGAUAGGACACCAUGCAGAAUUGUAAGGCAAUGGAGGGGAUGAAGCCUGUUAUGGUUAUGGUGUUGGUUCAGAGUCUAUUUGCAGGGAUGAAUGUAUUGUACAAAUUAGUGGCAAAUGAUGGCAUAAAUUUCAGGAUUCUCAUUGCCUACCGCAUGGUGUUUGCUGCUGCCUUCAUGACUCCUCUUGCUCUCGUUUUCGAAAUAAGGAAAAGCUGGAGAAACCUUACAUGGACUGUACUCUUUCAGUCUUUUCUAACUGGGCUAUUUGGGGGAACAGUAGCACAAAAUUUGUAUAUCGAGAGCCUAGCCAAAACAUCAGCAACAUAUUCAGUAGCUAUAUUUAACCUUGUUCCAGCGAUUACGUUUAUCCUUUCCACUUCUUUGAGAAUGGAGAAAUUGGCCAUUCGAACUCAUGCCGGGAAAGCUAAAGUUGUCGGAACAAUUUUGGGGAUAGGGGGGGCUAUGCUUUUCACCUUCUACAAAGGCUUUCAGAUUAAUAUUUGGUCUACAAACAUUAAUCUUCUACGCCAUUACGGUGACAAAAACAACCAUGGUCAAGCUCCAUCAUCAGCAAACAAGGACUCGGGAAGUAUUUUGUUAGGCUCAGGCAUGGCUCUGGGUAGCUGUACAUCUUUCGCUAUUUGGCUUAUAAUCCAGGCAAAAAUGAAUAAGGGAUAUCCCUACCUAUACUCGAGCACAGCUCUAAUGGCCUUCAUGGGAUCAGUUCAAUCUGUAGCUUUUUCCAUUUGCAUGGAUAGGGAUUGGAAGCAGUGGAAGUUGGGAUGGAACAUUCAACUUCUUGCAAUGUCCUAUUCGGGUAUUUUCAACUCUGGAAUUGCUGUGACUCUAAUGGCAUGGUGCGUAAAGAAGGGAGGACCAGUGUUCGUUGCAAGUUUUCAGCCUCUCUUGCUUGUGAUGGUUGCAGUUGCUGGGUCUCUGCUUCUGGAUGAGAAGUUGCACCUUGGAAGUGUACUAGGUGGAUUGCUGGUUGUGAGUGGACUAUACAUGGUAUUGUGGGGUAAGAGUAAGGAAAUGAAGAAUCAGAUAACUCCAUUACCGGCGACAGCAAGCCUCCAAUGCCAAGAUGAACACCAAUCUCCUACGAUCGAAGUCAUUACAUCAUCUUCUAUGGAGGACAUGAACCACAUCAAUGACAGAAAUGUGACAAAUAAUUGAUAACCUUAAUGGUUUUCAGUUCCAGAUGUUGCUUCAACUGCGACGGAUGAAGAGUUUAAAUAAGGAAUAUGCACAGGGCAGGUGUGAAGAGUACGUGCAAGAGUGCUGCUAAAAGUAUACGUACAUGGACCAUUUGCUGCUCAACUGGUUGGUACGUAGCCUAAAGCAGUCGGCUGGAAUAAUCGUGUUUCAUGUAAUGCAUUACUUUGUGAGAGAUUUAAUCUUGUUGGAAGUAGAAACAGUUUGAAGUAGAGUAGUUGCUACGUUAUGCAAGUGAAUGAAGAGAUAGGAUCUAAUUCUAACAGCUGCAGAGUUUUGGAUUUCUU